UGCUUGAUAACAGGGAUGGCAGGUAGUGCUGGGGUGGGCUGAAAGGCCAGGUUUCUGGCCAUGCAUCUUCUAACCCUCCUGUUGGCAGAGGCAGAGCUUGUGACGUUUCUUAUGCCAGCGUAAUCAGUCCUUGUAUCCCUUAAGUCCAGACUUGACCACAAGCUGUUGCUUGCAGAGAGCCGGCGUAGUGUAGCUACAGCCACUGUGAUCCAGGGAUGCUGGGUAUUCUGCUGGGGAAAGCUACCAGGACCUGUACUGGCACGCACUAAGCCCGAGUACUGUCCUUGCAUAAGGACACAGACCAGAGGCUCUGCAAAAGGCUAGGUGACUCACCUGGAGCACGGGGCUCCAGCAGUCCCAUCCUGUGCUGCCAGCCUCUCCCAGCCUCUGCUUCCUGCUGCCCUGCUGUCUGCACAGCCAUUUCCACAAGCCUUGGUCUUAUUCCUGGAUUUCCCUGGUUCAGCCCCUGGAGAAGUCACGAGCAGAAGCUCUGUCAGUAGAUUGUACAGAUGUGGGCAAUUGCAGUUCUAAGGUUUUGAAAAUGAGAUUUGCUGCUCCCAGCCCUGGCAUUGACUAGAAGGGAGUGAUUCACAUGGAAAAUCUGUAACAGUGGACAAGCUACUUCACUUCUACAUCCAAAUAUUUUGAUCGCUGACAGUUGUGGGGAACUGAGAAAAACAGCUGACACACAGAGACCAGAAUAACUCUGUGAUGCAAGUUAUAGGGUAAAGGGAUCCAUGCAGGAACAGCUUUCCUAGAUAUGCACUUGACUGCUCUAUUACAAAGACAACACUUUUUCUCCCACCCCCAAAUCUGCUGCAAUUGUCAUGCAGAAGACCUGUACAAAGGUCCCUCUGCAUGCUCACUGUUGACUUAUCCCAUACCAGAUCAGGCAGCCACCCACUUCCAGUCCUAGAAUUGCAGCAGAGUUCCCAGAAGCUUCAGCUUGUCAUAUUCAGUGCAUCUCCUGCAGCUCUGGUCCCUGCCCUUCCUGUCUCAGCCCAGACUCUGAUUUUUCAUCCUCUUUUAUUUGUCUUCAAGUCAUCUCUGUCCGCUCCUACCCCUCUGUGCCGCUCUGCUCAGAGAUGCAGGCAAGGACGAUUCAAACACAGCUCCACACACGCUUCCCCUACCCACAGCGAGUGGUUUACAAGCCAGGUGGAGCUGAGUGGUUACUACGAAGCUGAGAACACCACUCCUUCUUUGGAGGGCUACUUUUGCUUCAACCCAGCCUCAUCUGUGGUUGGCAACCAGGGAGACCCCUUCAGAAAGGUCUUCAUGCCCCUCAUCUAUCUGCUGAUGUUUGUUUUGGGGACUCUGGGCAAUGCUCUGGUCCUGGUCAUUUUAGAGAGGUUCAAGCGGUCUCGGACCACCACAGAAAACUUCCUUUUCCACCUCACCCUGGCCAACCUGGCACUGUUGCUCACCUUCCCAUUCAGUGUGGUGGAGAGCUUGGCUGGGUGGGUAUUUGGGAAGUUCCUCUGUAAGAUACUCAGCGCUGUCCACAAGAUCAAUUUCUACUGCAGUAGCAUGCUGCUGGGGUGCAUCGCGGUGGACCGUUACCUGGCCAUCGUCUAUGCAAUCCACACCUACCGCAAACGCAGAGCUCGCUCCAUCCACCUCACCUGCACAGCUGUCUGGCUCUGCUCAUUGCUUCUGACUUUACCCGAUCUCAUCUUCAUGGAAGUCUGGACAGAUGACAGCAACCGCAGCAUUUGCUACUUCCCAGAGGUUGGGAUUGAUGGAAACAAUGCAUGGCUGGCAACUCGCUUCCUCUACCACACUGUGGGUUUCUUUGUGCCUCUGCUGGUCAUGUGUUACUGCUACAUGGCCAUCAUCCGGGCACUGUGUCAGUCCCAGCGCCUGCAGAGGCAGAAAGCUGUCCGUGUGGCCAUCCUGGUCACAGGCAUCUUCCUCCUGUGCUGGAGCCCAUAUCACAUUGUCAUCUUCCUGAACACACUUACCAAGCUAGAAGCCUUCACCAAGAAUUGCCUCCUGGAAGAUCAGCUGGACACAGCCAUCAUGGUGACAGAGGCCAUCGGCUUCACACACUGCUGCCUCAACCCCAUCCUCUACGCUUUUAUUGGGGUCAAGUUCCGUAACGACUUCUUCCGGAUCCUGCAGGAGGUUGGCUGCAUAAGCCAGGAGACCCUGCAGGAGAUCCUGGAGGUGACAAGGAAGGGCAGUGGGAUAGAGUCUGACAACACCACCUCCAUCUCCACUUUCUAGCUGGGAAAGGCUGCCUGCGGGGCAGAACUCGCCUGGGUCUUUCCUUCCAGUGGCACACUUGCUGUGGUCUCAGUUACAAGUUUCACAAUCAUCCCCACAACUUUCUUCACUCCUCAGGAAACAGGUCCAAUAGCCACCAAACACCCAAAUCCCAUCAGACACCUUGCUUGGCUCUUCCUGGUUCUCAAACUUGUAGAGAUCCAUCUGGCAGCUGUUGGUGAAUGCUGGAUGUCUGAUGGUCACUCUUGUGGAGCUGGAUGAAGAUGGUCACUCAAGUGGGUUGAACCUGACAUUCCCACCUCUCCCUCAAAAAAUGGACUGCAGGCAUCUUGUGCACAAGGCCAGGCACAGGACUGGGGUGCCAGGGUUAAGAAAAAAUUUGCAGCCAAGUAAAUGAGUCAUGUCAGUAAGCAGGUCUCCAUUUCCAUAGCUAAGGUUGGAACACACAUGCUCUCCAGUGGCCAUCGCAACUGCAGAGAUGCAGGUAGGACUGAUGGGGGCUGCAAAGCUCAAUCCCAUAGCAUGGGCAUACAGUGCUGGACACUCUUAGACUGCUACAUUGUCUUCCUGCUGCAUAACAUCACCCCAGGCCGCCACAACACGUUCAUCUUCCCAGCACAGCUCAUGCCAGGAGGUCCUCCCACAGACUGAAAGAUUUGUCUGUCACAGACUCCUUUCCUGACACCAGUUGCAUCCUUCCCCACUCAUUUGAUCUGCUUUACUGCUGUUAUGAUGUCCUGUGAGUGGCUGUUGAACUAAAUGCCUGACUAUGCAAAAGUUUUCCUUUAAGGAGGAACACCAUCUGAGGAGAUGGCUUCAGUCUUGUGAGUGCACACAGGGGAGAGAAACCACACAGCCUAGUAAAGCUAAUGGUAUAACUUUUUUUUUUUGGCAGCUAGUUGUAUGGCUAUUUAUGGGUUCCGAGAGCAAGGAGACCCACUGCCCCAGAGUAAGGGAAAGUCUCCUUUGUUUUUAGCAAGGCUAGAGGAAAUGUGGCAUUUUGCUUUGUACUAUGCUUUCUGUUAGUUUUCCUCCACCUGCACCUACAGGGCUUUCAGAGAUUAACUGCAUCCAGGUGUACAGAGGACAGACCUGGGUGGUGAUCUUGCCCUGAACUGCAAGUAUGCCGAAACUGCUCAGAUCAGGGCAGCUUGAUGAUAAUUUGCUUCAAAGUAAGAGCAGCAGCUUUCCCCAUCAUUAAUUCUUGCACCACAAGCUGGUGUGUGGGGAAGUCCCAGCAGACUCAAGACAGCUUGCUGCUGAUAGGAGGUCUUGUCACAGUUUAACAUGGCAGCAGGCCCACAACGCUGCUCCUUGACACAUCUGUUCCUAAAGAGUGCUGUGGCCUGAACUGUAGGAGAGCCAUACAUACCAGUGUCACCCUCCUCACAUGCACACUUUAAAAUCUCCUCUACCCUUCACCUCACAUUUUAAGCAGUGUUGAAACAAUGUUAGUUCUCCUGUGGCAGCAGUAAUUUUAUGGUAACCUCACUUCUGAAGUUCAUCCCACUAGCAGACAGCUCAGUCCCAGGUGAACUUCACAGUACUCAAGGGCCCUGCUAAAAAGAUCAGCCAUUAUGGAAGGGGCCACAUUACCUCUGCUUGACUCAGGCAGAGAUCUCAAUAGCUUGAUCUCACAUUGUGACUUGAGGAGAAAACUCAUCUAGUAUAAGGCAGUUCUCCAUUUCCUGCAGCACCGCAUCUUCAAAGAUGAAACUUUCAAGUAAUGGCAACUGUGGUUGUUCAGGCACAUACAUGCAGUAGAGAAGGGCAAGUGUCUUCAGGCUGCAGUUGUGCUCUCCACAGUUGUACCAGUGAGAAAACCCACUGCAGAAGCAUUGUAAACACCUCCCUGGCAGGUAAUGGUGACAACUGUGUUUCUACAUGAAAAUGUUAUUGAAAAAAAUAAUAAUCAAAGAAUUCAAUAAUAAAUCAAAAUUCUAACAGUGGUCACAAAGUAAAAAGAAAAUCUGCACUCAAAUGAGAGUUAACAGACUACACAUCUAUUGUUACUAUAGCUUUUAGCACUGGUAUGUACAAACCUUUAGGAAGUUUUGAGGUAAGCUGUAAUAAACAGGUGAAUAAAACACCAUCUUCUCAUGUGUAGUGCUUGUAAGCAAUUGUCUGCAACUGUGUCACUUUAUUCAAGGGAGAUGCAUCAGAGAGGACUAAGUGGGCACAUGGCACCUUUCUGAAAAGCUCUGCUCAAAGGGCUUAGAGGAGCACCUUGCUCAGAUUCCCCUUCACCAGUGCCACAGAAGGCUCUGCUGUGUUCAGAGUCAGUCCAGACUGUAUUACCUCUCUGCUUUACGGAGCCUUUUCCACUUACUGCAGCACCUCCUGCCCCAAUUUUACAGCAGCUGCUAACCUGACUGGAAAACUGCCCUUACACCUACAUUUGGCCCAGACAGCCUGUGAAUGGCUUGGCUCAGAGCUGGCAGACCUUCCCCAAAGGUUGCCGUUGUUCCUCCCACAGCUGCCUGCAGCCAGCCUGCUGAGUGUGGAUAAGAAGAAAGCAAGAGGAACUUUCCUUCACUGCAGAGGAAGCUCUGCUUUCCAGUCAGCAAAAUCCUUGCUAUCCCCUCAAGUUUUGCAUGGCUGUCACAACACCUUGCCCCACAGUGGGCUUCCCUGCUGAGUACUCACCCUGCCAAAGCCACCCCUGCAGCCCUCGGGCAGACCUCCAUCCUCCCCAGUGGAGCUCUGCUCAGCCCCUAUGCCAUGGCUGCCAAGUGAGGCAGAUGCACUCUGCCAACCCAGGCCACCAGGAAGGGGGACUGAGCCAAGGGGAGCUCCAAGGCGGCUCCUGCAGAAAGUAGGGAGAUGAUGCGUGGGAAGGCAAUGUCACCACCAUCCACAGCACAGCCUCUGCGCCUCCAGCCCCGGACUGUGCUCUGGAAACAAGGCUCCAGCACACAAACCAGAGGAAGCCCUGGUCUCUGAUGAAGGCAACCCCAAAGAUGGGAACCCAAAGACCCUCACAACAGCACACUGCUCUGCAUUUCCUGCAGGGCAACCAAGUCUCCCAGGAGACAGAGCUGGGGUUCCAGUAGAGCAUCCUGCUACACACACACAGUGAUCACAGGGCCGUGGCAGGCAGUGGAGCAUGCAUGGGUGAGUGCAAGU